AUGGCGAAUCAAAUCACGAUUUUCACAGAGGCGCAGUGCGCCGCGUGCCGCGAGGCGAAGCGGCUCCUGCAGGCGCUGCUGCUCAAGAUUCAGGGCGACGACGGCUUGGCGCGGCUGUCGCCGUCCAGUCUCUCCAACGUCGGCUUUUCUCUGGCUUCGCUGCGCUACGCGGCGUGCCUUUGGUCUUCCUCUUCGCCGUCGGGCUCUCACUUUGCGCUUCCCGCGCCGGGGUACUGCGAACGCCACCGGCGCAGCGCCCCUGCCGCCUGCGUUGCGUCGACGCUUGCGACGCUGCGCGAGGGCGAAGAAGGCGACGCCGAGAAUCCGCGCGUCCUGCGCGCUGCCUCGAGUUCGCAGCGGCUCGCCGCGGAGGCGGCGGGCGCGGCGGAGGACGGUGCAGAGGACGUCGCGGCGCGCGCAGCCGCAGAGGGCGCGCGAGAGCCCAGCGCACGCAGGCGCCGGACGGCGGUCGAUGAGGGCCUCGAGGAGGAGGCGCAGAGGUGGAGGCUCGUGGAGAUCUCGCUCACGCAGUAUCCCGAGCGGCGCAGUGAACUAAUGCAGCUCUCCAACAGCUUCGCAGUGCCGCAGGUCUUCUUCAACAACUACCUAGUCGGUGGACUGCAGGCGCUGCAGCAGCUCGAAGCCGCGGGUGCCCUCGAGCCCCUCCUCACGCAGUGCCGCGACAAUUACGCGUAUCGAACUCUGCCCGCGGUCUCCAGGGCCCUCUGGAAGGAACGCGAGACCGAAAAGGACCGCAGCAGACGGUGGGACUGCGGCGCGAGCGUGCGGCUCGCUUUGCAUCCGCCGCCGCCUCAUCCUUUUUUCGACACGCCGCUGUCGCUCUACCAGCGGAGUUCGAUAGCAGGGCGCGUCGAGGAGGCGCGGCGGGCCUCGGAGGGCGGUCUGCACCGGCCGUCGUCUACUCCGACGAAGGAGUCUUCUUCUUCGCGGUUUUCGCUGCGCUUGCCGCUACACCAUUCGGUGCGGCUGUGCACAGGGCCUUCCGCGUCGCUUCCGCCCUCCGCAGCGGGCGAGUUCGCCGCCGCGGACCUUCAGACCUCCUCAGUGCGGGGAGAAAGAGAGAGGCAAGGGCCUGAGAGGGUACCCGCUCGCCGGCGGCGCUUCUCCGCAACCUCGAUGGAGCGCAGCCGCCGGGACGACACGCCAGAGGAAGGCGAGACGCAGAGCGAAGUUGCCGAGGCCGCGGUGCCUGCGGACGCGCUCGAGCACGAGCGACGCACGCGGCGGAUUCGCGGGUCGUUUCGCUUCGUGGGGAGGAGGAGUUCGCACUCGUCGCCACCGGCCGCGGAGCGCCAGCAGGGCCUUGUCGAGGGCGGCGCCGGGGCGCAGGAGACGCGCCCGAGGACCCCUCCCCUGCUGCAUCCCUCCGCAGCGUCUUCCUGUCCCGCCAGGUGUUCACCGAGCGGCACGGCGUUCGCGGCUGCUCAAGCGCAAGGCGAAGAGAAGAAGGAGCCGCCGCAAGAGGAGGAGGAAUGCGCCAGCGAGGAGGCGAGGGAGGGAGAAGAGGGGGAAGAGGGAGAGAGAGAGGUGUGCGGCGGAGAUCGCGGCAGAGAGGAACUGCAGGGCGAGGCGAACGGGGGGCGGCGGAUUUCGUUCCAAAGCCACCCGGCGGUCGCAGAGCUCGAGCGGAAGGCGCUUCUGGGGAUGUCUUUCCAGUCGUCGUAUUUCCUGUCGCCCUCGUCUUGCACUCGCGUCGCCUCGCUCUCCCCUCUCGACCCGAGAUUCGAGCCGCCUCUCUAUUCGCCGAGGAAGUCCGCGUCCUCGAAGGAGGCGGAGGAAAUCAAAAAUAGAGACCCCUUCUACGCGGGCGCGUUCUACAUUCCUGCGACGGAGGCCGACCUGGCGAGCGGCGAGGCGACGGUCGUGCGAGAUCCGCUCACGGGGCAGAAGAUGAAGAGAAUCACAUACGCGACGCUUCUUAGAAUUCUGCAAACUCUCCUCCCCAUCGCCGAACGCGCGGGCCUGCGGGCGCAGAAGCACACCUUCGUCGCGAGCGAAGCGGUCACCGUUUUCUGCAACAAACUCCACUUCGCUUCGCGGGAGGCUGCCGUUCAGUUUGGCGCCGACCUCGUGCGGCGCUCGGUCAUUGAGCUCGCCAACCAAGACCAACUGGUGACGUUCGCCGACUCGCCGUCGCUCGUCUACCGCCUGCAGAUGCAUCAGGAGCCGCUCGUCCUCAACUGGACCGUCAUUUGGACAAAACCAGUCCUCUCGUCAUUCAUGGGGCUAGCCAAGUUCCUCCACAACUUCUGGCUCGAGCUCGAGGAGGCUCACCGAGAGGUAGGCGGCUUGGUCAAUGCGGCGGAGGUUAAGAGCGAUCCGAGGUACCUCGAGUUUCAAAUUGCAGUUUGCGAGCUGCAGACGGUCGACUUGCUCAGUUUGAAGAGCGAGACUGUAAAAAAGACGUUCCUAAUCAACAUCUACAACCUUCUCAGCAGGCACGCCCUCAUCGAGGUGGGCGUCCCGUCGGAUACCAUGCCGCGGAAGAAUUUUUUUUCGAGUGUUUCGUACUGCAUUGGCGGGUACCGCUUCACACUCAACGAGCUGGAGAACGGCCUGCUGCGCUGCAAUCGACGCUCAUGCUACUCGCUGACCAAGCCCUUUGGAUUCCGAGAUCAGCGUCUUCGCUUCGUUCUGAAUGAAUUCGACCCGCGCAUCCACUUCGCGUUAAAUUCGGGUGCGAGAUCCUGCCCCCCUGUUCGCUUCUAUGAGGCCGAAUCCAUCGAGGAGGAGCUGCGUAUCGCUGGAGAGGCGUUUUGCGAGUCUGACUCGAACGUGCGCAUCGACCUCCCAGGCAAGACGCUCUGGCUCAGUAAAAUCUUUAGCUGGUAUGAGAACGACUUCGGCUCGAAUGCAGUGAAGGUGGCGCUCUUCCUGCUGCCCUUUCUGCGUGGCGAGAAGCGCGAAGACCUCGGCGCCCUCCUGCGAGCCGCAAAAGUUCGCAUUCCGCAGCCCGAAUCGCCGCGGGAAGGCGCUGCGGCCGCCGGUGAGUUCUGCGACCCUUCUCCGCAGGCGGACGCGCCGUUCGCGACCUGCGCGGCCUCGCCUCGCUCGCCCGAGGGAUGUGUUGCGGCGGGACGCGGCUUCUCGCUGCGAAUCGGCGGGCGCGACGAGAGUCGCCCGCAGACUGCGCCUCCGCGGCCGCUGGAGCCUUCUCCCGCCUGCGCCGCGUCGCCUGGGGAACGCGAGCAGCAGGCGGAGCGCGGCGACCGCGAAGACAAGAGCGCGUCAGAGCCAGGCGCGGCGGAUGCGCUGGCGGCCGCGGCGCCCUCAGGGGAAGGCGGCGGGGUGUGCUCGCCCGGUGCACGCACACCCGGCGGAGCCGGCGGAGGCCCGCCAGGCACGUUUUUUCAGAAGCUGCUGACGCGGAGCCGAAGCUCGAUCGCGGCCAUCGAGAACAGCCCGUUGGCGCAUGCAGCCAGUCUGUUCACGCGCUCGGGGAGCAGCAUUUUUCUCCCGGGGACGAGCGGCGCGGCGUUCAAGAUCAAGUACCUCGAGUUCGAUUGGACGGCGGACGUCGACCUGGCGCAGCGCUACCGCGGUAGCUGGAUAGGAGACGUGGUAGGACGCGUGCAGACGGCGUUCCCUGCUCAUAUGAUGAGUCUGACUGGAGGCAGUGGCAACCGGGCGAAAAGCCCCCCCGCAAGCGGCGGUCCGCGCCAUCCGAGCGGAGGAGGAGGAGGCGGGGAGACGCAAGAGGAGCGAGGCGAAGGAGCUGUCUCCGGCAACACCUCUCAGGCCUCACAGGGGAGAUCCACGCAUAUCUCUGCACUCAGCACGGGUGCCUCGUGCGCGUCUGCGCCUGGCUCGCAUGCGAAGGCAGGCGGGGGGGGUCGUACACUAGAAGCCGACGCAGAGCGGCACGCGGGCGAGACGGGCGACGCGAGGGCGAAGCGACACGAGGAGGAACGGCGAAUCACGUCCGCAGCGCGCGAAAGGGGAGCGCUGGCGGGCGCGUCAGAUGACGGAAACUCCAACAGCGACAGCCGGGGAGACGGAGGAGGCAGGAGGAGAUUCAGAGCGAGGAUGCGAGGCGGUGGAAGCGACCCCAAGGGGAAGGCAGCAGGCACAGAUCACGAAACCGGCAAGAGAGAAGACGAGAGAGACAAAGAAGGACGGCGAACGGGGAAAAGCAGGUUUAUCCGCGGAGGGCAGAAAAAGACCAGCCGAGAUCGAACGAGAGAGAGAGAACAAGAAGGAAAACAGGAAAGCAAAAGCAGAUGA